CUUGCUGGAGACUGAGGCUGUGUGAGUGCCCUGCAGCCAGCGAGCAGUCCCUGGGUGGGUGAUGGUCUGUGUAAUGAGGGGGUUUAUUUUAUCUUCAAUGUGUUAUUUGUUCGGAGGUUGUAUGAAUGUAAUGCAAUAUACUAUGUCAGUGGUAGUUUAAAUGUGGUAUGUGCUCUCAAUGUGAAUAUUCUUUGUGCCUAAUGGUAAUAAUAUAGUGUGUGUCUUAUUAAUGUGAAUAUACUGUGUGUCUAAUGGUAAUAUACUAUGUGUCUAAUGGUAAUAACAUACUGUGUGUCUAAUGGUAAUAAUAUACUGUGUCUAAUGGUAAUAACAUACGGUGUGCCUAAUGGUAAUAUACUGUGUGUCUAAUGGUAAUAUACUGUGUGUCUAAUGUGUACAUACUGUGUGUCUAAUGGUAAUAUACUGUGUGUCUUAUUAAUGUGUACAUACUGUGUGCCUUAUUAAUGUGUAUUAUACUGUGUGUCUUAUUAAUGUGUAUAUACUGUGUGCCUUAUUAAUGUGUAUUAUACUGUGUGUCUUAUUAAUGUGUAUAUACUGUGUGUCUUAUUAAUGUGUAUUAUACUGUGUGCCUUAUGGUACUAUACUGUGUGUCUUAUUAGUGUGUGUGUGUGUGUGUGUGUGUGUAUACUGUGUGCCUUAUGGUACUAUACUGUGUGUCUUAUUAAUGUGUAUAUACUGUGUGUCUUAUUAAUGUGUAUUAUACUGUGUGCCUUAUGGUACUAUACUGUGUGUCUUAUUAAUGUGUAUAUACUGUGUGUCUUAUUAAUGUGUAUUAUACUGUGUGCCUUAUUAAUGUGUAUUAUACUGUGUGCCUUAUGGUACUAUACUGUGUGUCUUAUUAAUGUGUAUUAUACUGUGUGCCUUAUUAAUGGUAAUAUACUGUACCUCAUUUGACUAUACUGUAUGUCUUAUUAACGUGUAUAUACCGUAUGUAUUAAUGGUAUACUGUACCUUAUUAAUAGGACUAUACUGUAUGUCUUAUUAUUGUGACUAUAUUGCAUGUUUCUUUAUCAGUAUGAAUAUGAUGUAUGCCUUUUUAGUUGUAAUGUGAUGAAUUAUGCCUGCUUUGUUGUGCUGUGAAUGUGCUGUGUGGCCUAUUCACUGUGUUUUGGUUGUAUUAUGUUUUUGUACUUUUUUUUUUUUUUUUUUUUAUUUUUUUUUUUUGAGGGGGAAAAAAUGGUUUCUAGAUCUGAUCCCUCAUCCUAAUGGUAAACCCUAACCUUGAACUAUGCUAACCUUAACUUGUUCAUAGCUGCUGCUGAAAUCAUAAAAUACUUUUAUCUGAAAUUUGGGAGCUGCUAUGAAAAAAAAUAAAAAAAAAUCUUAAGUAAUCUAGAUUUUAUUUUUUUGUGUGUGUUUUGUCUGUGGUGUGUGUAUUUAAAAAUAUAUAUAUAUAUUUUUUUAAUUUGUACGGUUUUGUAAUAUAGACAUUUGUAGUUAUUUUCUGGUCUCUGUGUCUGCCAGGCAAUGUCCCUAUAGCAUGGUCCUUGUACAAACCCAGAUAUGAUGCUGUGUCCGUGUGUCCUACACAAGGUAAGCUUGUUGUUGCUCCCUGUUCUGCUUUGCUCUUUAAUGUUGUAUAGUCAAUGUGCUUUAUGAACUUAACCGGUGUUGUGCCACUAAUAUUCUUGACCAAUAUGUUGCCAAAAGAAAAAAAACAAACAAAAUACAGACACCCCUUGUACAGCACAAAAAAACCAAAAUGAUCCCAUUUAGAAGGGCACUAAUUGGGACAAUCAGUUCAUUAUAGCAAAGAAAAUUAAAGUAUCUUUAAUAAAUACAUAUAUGAUAACGCACGGAGUAUAGCCACCCUAAAAAAAUAAUAAAUGUGUCUGUGACAGCGUAGUGUAAAGUAUGAAAGACCCACUGAUACAAAUUUCAUCAUUAUGAAGAGAAUAGCUGCCAUAUCAACAAUGCCUCACUGUAACCUGCUUGACAUAAAUGGGGUUACAUUAAUCACACCAAAACUAUAUAGAGCGGAUGUAAGAUAUGAUCGUGUUUUUUGUCUUUGUUUUUUACUUCAAGCUAGUUACAGUGCAAGAAUGAUGUAGAUUUGGCAGCUGCCCCCCUCUUAAUAAUGACAUUUAUGUCAGGGCUUAAAAUGAAUGUCCGCUGCUCCAAGGGGGAUUGCAAGUCUUUCAUUCUUUAUACUACAUUGUCGCAAUCACAGACACUUUUUUAAAAUUAUUUCAUAGAAGUGGCUGUUCUCCAUUUGUUGUUAAUGUAUUUAAUAAAGAUACAUUUUUUUUCUCAAUUUAAUUCUAUCAACUGACCCAUAUUGUACCCUUUUAGGAAUUAGAUGUUACCCCUGUAAAUUUUUAUGUUUUUUUUAAUACAGGUGACAUGUUGCCUACCUCUUCUGGGCUCUUUGUGGACCCCGAGUUCCCUGCCAGUGUCUCCUCUUUGAUAUGUGGUGCUGGCACACCACUUUCCAUUCUUUGCGACCGCAUUACGUGGUUAAGACCACAGGUAAGCAUGCUCUGCACAUUUAAAUUAAUGGGGUAAGGAACCUUCUUGCAUUUUAAAAUACCUCUUACAUUCUAGGAGUAUGUCUAACUUAUGAAAUUGUAAAUACUUGCAGGAGAUAAUUGCAUCGCCACGUUUAUUUCCAUUGAAUGCCAGAGAUGGUUUGGGCAAACAAGGGAUUCUUGGUGAUUGCUGGUUUAUAUGUGCCUGCUCUGCGCUACAAAAAUGUGAAAAGCUUCUCCGUCAGGUAAUGAAGAAAACCCCAAAACCCAUAGGUUUCUUCUUCUUUCUUCCACUAAUGCCCAACUUGAACUAAAAGUUUUUCUGAUUACCUUUCACCAUAUAAAUAUCGCUAUUGUGAAAACUGUAGUACAUAUUUUAAUGUUGGCAUUAGCUAAUUAUGAUUUCUAAGCUAGAAACCUGACCAACCUUCAUCCAGGUAUAUUCAGCUUUUUGUAAAAAUUAAUUUAAAUAAAAUAAAACCAGCAUAAUUACCAGCUCUUGGUAGAAUUUCUUUUUCAAGGCUUGGCGAUGUAUUCCACGAAAUGGUGAAUGUAGGUAUGAAUGAGAAUUGUGGGAAAUACAAAAGUUUUCAGUUGGAGAGACAAGUGUUAAGAUUUUUCAAAGUUCCAGAAUUGGAAGAGAGAGAGAAAAUUAAGUGUUCCAGAUGUUAGACCCGUGAUCCCUCUCUCUCCUUUGUCCUUAAUUUAAUUUUUUUUUUUUUUUAAAUUCUUUAUUUUUUUAUUAUGCAGGGGUUAACAAGCAUUUUGAUAAUGCCACAACAGCGUAGUUAAGAGAGAAAUAAACACACUUUUGUACAUUUAUGACAUGGAAAUGGCUGUACAUUUUUAUAGAUUAUUUUAAACAAGCUUAUGCAUGCACUUCUAUUUGUAGCACAGUAGUGUGAAAUUGAUUAGAACACAUAAUGCAAGUUGCCGAUUUGCUCGACCAUGCGUGUCAAACAUGCUUAACUGUAGUUACGAUACACAAUACUGAAAACCAUGCUUAAAGAAAUAAAAUACUGAUAGCGUAUAUGUUAGGCCAUGCUUUUGUAAUAGAGAUAUGCGCGUGUGUAAGCUUAAAACAUGUAUAUCUACAAUAAGUGUACCUCCGUGGGCACUGUGAGAGCAUGUUUAUCCGCAUUUACUGAAGGAACGAAUAGGGAUGAUCCAACCGUGUGUUAGGGCGGGUGUGAUCGCUAGGUGAUGAUAUAGUGUGCUGGUAUAGGUUACAGCUUAGGUGCUAUGGUGCUAGACUGCGUAAUUGUAUAUAUGUAGAGUAUAAAGACAUUAUAUGUCGUGGGUUAACAGGCUAGGCAUGCAUGUGAGCGUAAGUCUUUUUCUGGGCAGCGUUCAUUUUUGAGUGUGGGGAUGACCGCCCGUAUGCUGUUUAGUCACCCCAUUCCUUCAGGUGGGAACUGUGUCAGCGGUAUCAGGUGUUCAGAGGUUGGCGGUCGGCCAGGAGCUAACUGGUUGCGCCCUCCAGCUCCAGGCCUGUAGCAAGGCCGGCAUCUCGUAGCCGGGGACUUCUGAAGACCGGGUCCUUCCCUGUCUGGACAGGUCUGGAGGCCUUAGUGUUUGUGUUGUGCUGCCUUCGGUGGGCAGGUCUCCGCCUGCGUGGUUGAUGCGUCGGGGUUGUUCCCCAGGUGGCCUUCAGCCCAGAUGGGCUAGUGUGGAGAGUUGUGGACUGCUUUUUCAAAGCUUUGCCCGAGGGUAGCCCAGUCCCACUCCGGUUGCUGCCGCUUUGUCGACCCUCCAUGCUCCAGCUCUCCUGCAGCUGCGCCGCCGCGUGUCGGGCCUCAAUCCGUACCCAGAAAGCCUCAAACAGCUCGUUCAUGCGGGUGGUCAGUGUAUCGUUUGUGCUGAGGUUGUAUUCCAGAGGCCCAUAUCCUCCAUAUGAUUGCGCGUCCGCCAUUUUAGUGUGACGAGUCGCCUGCACGCAUGGUGAGCUAUUGGGGCUGGAUCCCGCGUUUGGGGUCCACUGAGGCAUGCUGAUUAAGACGAUUGGGACCGGGAUAACCCCCACCGGUCCUGAGGGGGGGCAGCUGGGUGCUGCGGAUGCUGCGUGCGUUCUGUCUCUCCCCUGCCCUGCUUGGUGUAGGCCCCAGGCUUCAGCUCGGUCAUUCCAGCGGGCAUUCUGGGCGUGUGAGGUAUCCCCCAGUUCACCAGUUUCUGCGGAGCAAGUUUGGGUUCAAGGUAAGGCGAUUUGCCCACGAUUUCAGCCGAUAAUCAGGCCCAGGCCCAGGCGCUCAUGGCUAGUGUGUCUGUUCAGCUCCACAGUCAGGCCUCACCCCCUGUCCUUAAUUUUUAAAAGGGAAUCCUCCUUUACGUCAUUAGUUUCAGUGACCAAUCGAGUACGGCUGGCGUGUCUUUCCUACAGACUAUCAUCUAGAUUUUGGUCAGUAGAUGGUGCAAUUGCAUCACCAAAAUUCUUGUGAGGAAGUCCAAUUAUCACUUUGUAUAAUGGGUUAACUGAAUUUCGUGAUGCGUUUGAUGUCAUCUUGGUUAUCUUUUAUGGAUAACCGUCCAUCAAAACCUGUCAGACUUUAAAGGCUUUUCUUAGUCUGACUGUCUCCUUUUUGGUCCAUAAAAUUAGAUUUUGACACCCCUGAACCCUUGUUCACCCUCUUAAUACAAUGAAACUUUGUAUCAGGUACUUAAUAUUUAAAAAAUAUAAUUACUUUUGAUGUUAUCUGCCAUUGGUAAUCAUGUGUCUGGUUUUCUUGUGUGAAGCUACAUAGUAAUGUGACAGCAUGUGAUUUAUAUACAUGUCUAUUACACACAUUCAGACAAUGUUAGUUUAAUAAUAUGACAUCUCUUCGUUGAUAUUCUAUCCAUGAAUAUUCUAUAGUAUUAACAUAGUACUAUUUAUAGUUAGUUAUAUGUGGACUGUGUGUGUGUGUGUGUGUGUGUGUUUCUGGGCUGUUACUUUUUCUUUUCAACCCCCCUUCUUACAAGCAUAAGAUCUUAUCUCAACAGUGUUUAAGUUAGAUGCAUUCCUCUGGUUAGGGCAGAAUAGAGUUACAGAGAGAGAAAAAGUGUUUUUAUUUUUUUUGUAUUCUGUUACAAAAUUGAGUCCCUUUGUUAUAAUGGUGCCUUACAGUAUACAUUUUUAAUGUCUUUCUUAACACAAAAUGUCUGCCAGUGUAGGUACCCUGACAGUUCUAAUAAUAAUUUUUUGUAGUUUAUUCUACAAUUUAUUUUUUUCUGUUCAAGCUCCCUGCCAUUGUCAUUUCUUGCUUUAUUCCCACAUUUAUAACCAUACCUUUCAUACUAUCUUCUUUUCCAGGUAUUUCCUGUAGGCCAGUGCCUCUGGACAGACCCUGGAUAUACUGGUAAAUUCACUUGCCGGUUUUGGAGAUUUGGCUUUUGGGUGGAAGUGACCAUUGAUGACCGUUUGCCAUGCCUGGGACAUAAGCUCUGCUUUUCUCAUUGUCAAGACCAAGGAUCCUUUUGGCUGCCACUUCUUGAGAAAGCAUAUGCCAAGUAUGAGAAUAUAUGUCACCAGUGGAUAUUGAUCUGAUGUGAUUCUAAUCUAGAUGGUGGUGUUUACUUAUGAUAGAUGAAGGGUCUCAUGUAUUGGAGGAUGGGGUUUGCAUAUGAAUGUUUCCUUGGUGUUCUUCUCUAACCAUAGUUAUCUGUGCUUCCUAAUUUAUCUACAGACUGCAUGGUUGCUAUGAGAGUCUGUGGGCAGGGCAGGUGGCUGAUGCUUUGGUGGAUCUGACUGGAGGGCUGGUUGAAAGAUGGGCUUUUGGAGCUGGAGAAGAGCAUGUUCGGAGAGAAAUGUUCAACAAGAUGCUGGAGCUAAAAGAGAGAUGUGCAAUGACUUGCUCGGUGCUACACUACAGAGAAGGUUAAAGAAUAUUACAGCCUUCAUGUCCUAUGUCUUAUAUGUUGACCUUAUGUUCUUGUCUUUACUUUAAUUGUAUGUACCUUUCACACAUCUAUUUAAACAUUUGUUUCACUCUCCUCUGCAUCUUUGCUCAUCCGGACUCUUCGCCCUUCUCACCAGUGCCUUCAGUCAUUGCGUUUUUUCAUUGUCUUGCUCCUUUGCUGGUGCUCUUUUUGUAUGUUUAAAAGCAUCUAUCAGUCCUUCAUAUGCACUCUUUUAUUUUCACUUCGAUUUAAAAUGCUUUUUUGUUUUUGCUGUUGUGUUUUUUUUUUUGUUUGUUUUUUUGCAUAGGAGCAAAAGAGCUGGGUGAAUUUCAUGCAUUUACCAUCACAGACAUCCAAAAUGUAGUGGCAAAGGAUGGCCAGGAGUUGCUAAUGCUUCGUGUGCACAAUCCGUGGGGGCGAUGCUGUUGGGAUGGAUCUUGGAGCAAGAGGUUUGUGGAUUGGGGGAGAAAUAGCCAAUUGCUUUAUUUUUUUCUUGAUCAGAAGUUACUAUUUUUAAUAUUUCUCAUUUAAAUUUACUUUUUAUCAAGGACUAAUUUUAGACCUUGUUCUUCUUCUCUCCCAGUGGUCAUGGAUGGGAUAUCUUCAGCCCUAAAGUGGUUUCCAACCUCCAGUCUAAGAUGCAGGAAGGAGAGUUUUGGGUGGAGAAGUCAGAAUUUAUACAGGAUUUUGAUGAACUCACAAUGGCAUUUCCAGUCAAUGAGAAGGGGCAAAUUCUAAAUAUCUGGUCAGGUGAGAAACUCUACAGUGAGCAUUUUGAAGGCAGAAAGAACCAAGAUUGGAUUGGCCAGUGCCACUUGCCAUGGGAUCUCUACCUCUUAACGCUAUAAGCUACGAAUGGCUGGGGGAAACGUCUGUCGGUAACGUCUAUCAUACCUGAAAGGAGCCAUAGCUGCAUAUAUUGAAGAGCCUAAAAACCAAUCAUAUCCAUGUACUCAUCAGUACAUUAUUUCUACCACGUGUUGUUCAUAAACAUAAAUAAAUUGGUAAAUAUAAGCAAUAUUUACUUUGUAAUCUGUGCAUUUUUAUAAACUUUUAAAGUGACCCCCGAAAAAAGUGUUUUCCAAAUCAAGAUGUAUUUUACCAUUUAUAGAUCUCUUAAAUUUGUGGCCAUGCAGUUUAACCAUUGCUGUCCUUUUUGUCAGGUUUGCCAUUAAUCAGCACUCAGGAGGUAUAUGGUUCAUGGGUUAAAGGUCAGAGCGCUGGUGGAUCCCGCAACAAUGUCAGCUUUCCAGACAACCCCAAGUUCUGGCUUCGUGUGAAAGAACAGUGCCAGGUGUACCUGACACUAAAUCAAAGACCACUGCAUGGUACAGGAGCUACACAAAACAAAGAUUCACUGUAUGCUAUUGGACUCCAUGUCUGGAAGGUAACUAUAAAUAGAAUGGUCAACUAUGCCAUUUGUGCCCUGUUUUGAAAUGACAAUAUAAUUUAACUUUACAAAUUAUAUACUGCAUGCCUUGUCAUAGCAAUAUUUUCAUGAAGUCAGGAUGUUUAUAAGACCUAACGAACCUGCUAUAUUAAAAGCUACUACUUAUACUACUACUAUAAUAAAUCUAUUUAAUAUUUAUGUAAAACCACAGAGCUCUGUUUUUCUGAAGUUACUUUCAGGACGGGUCCAGCUACAGGUUAUAAAUUGUUCAAAAUUAUUAUUGUUGUACUAUCACCAUAAAACAACAUAAACAGAUGCAUUCUUAGUUAUAAAUUGUCUUCAUUCUGUAUGGUAAGAGCACCUGACUCCAUGACAUUUUUGUUUUUUUUAUUUUAUUUCUCUCUUCUUCUUGCCUUCCUUCAUGCUUAAUGGAUAAACUGUGUUAUUCUUGAAAGAAAUGAUCUUUCAACUAACUAAGAUCAACUUAGUAAAAUAAUUUAAAAAAAAUAUUAAGAUUAUUUUUUUGUUUAAACAUGAAGAUGUAAUGAAGCCAAAGCCUUGUCAUCCACCUGGUAGGAUGCACACCGCCUUAGCAGAAUAGAGUUAUCAGUUUUGAUAAUGUGCACCCUGGAAUUAAUAUAUUUUAUCAUAUGCUCUGAAAUAAUCUAGUUUAAUAGGCACCCUAAAAAAAAAUGAUCUAUGUUUUAUCUAUUUAUUCCCCCCAGGUUGAGAAGCGCAAGUUUAACCUGACUAAGACUCUCUCAUCACCUCCCGUGGUCGGUACCUCCUCUCACUCAUAUGAACGUCAAUUUCACCUGUACUGUGAAUUGUCACCAGGUUAUCACCUGCUUGUUCCGAGCACUUUUCUACGAGACACUGAGGCGGAUUUCCUUUUGCGUGUCCUGUCCACUGGGCAUGUAACUCUCAGGUUGUAUAGAAUUAACUACUGAUUACGUCUACACAAUGCUCUGUUGAGUUUGCUUUAUUUAGUUAUUGUAUUCUAAUCCAGCCUUCUCCUAAUUUCUAUGCGAAGGAUAAGAUGCAGGAAGUAACUAGUUUUUAAGAGCUUAAUGUAGUGGUCUUUGUGACUAGAUGCAGUCCAUGCAGUCUUACAAUUGUAAUUAUUGCCAUUUCAGAAAGACAACCAUGUUUCCAUUUAUUUGGCAGUAUACCUCUAGUAGCUAUCAAUCACACUCCUAGCAGAGGCACUUUCUCCUAGAAUGCCUUCUUUUCUAAAGUUAUUCACAGACUGGGUCAUGACGCAGAUCAUUGUUAAAUUUCCUCCUUGAGAAUCAUUAAGAUAAUCAUGAGGAGAGCUCGUUAGACCAGUGUGGUGAUUGCCAUGCAUGCUCCGUGGGGCCGCAGUGUGAAGCAUUGGAUUGACAUGGGAUCCUCUAUACAGAGUGGUAGCCACAGCGAGGCAAGGAUGCUACUAAAUUAUAGAUCUGUAUUCGUAAAAAAAAAAAAAAAUAUGAGGUAUCCAAAGAGGUAGCAGCACUCAUGGAAUAUAAAUGUUCUAGUCUUUAUUAAUUCAUUUAAAAAAAAUAUCCCCAUCAACAUUUCAGUCCACCAAACGGGACUUUCCUCAGGAUCAAUACAAUAACACAAUCAAAAUGGCAAACAUAUAUAGCAAAAUGCAUUAGACAAAUUGGCUUACCCCCAGGUGAAGUGCAUUCCCGGUCGGCGUCUGUGUUGCCCUGUGCACAUGUGCAAAUAAGCUCCGCCCUGUGACGUUAUGACGUCAUCGCGCCCGUUUCCAUGACGACACGAUACAAACGUGGUCGCCAUGGGAAUAGGGUUGCGGUUGCCUGAAUGCAGUGCAAUGUGUUGCUCAUUCUAAGGAGUGAGGGGAAUGAAUGGAAAAGGAUGAAAUACUUAUAAAAUGCAUAAUAGAGUAUACAGUACGAAGUGCUGAAUCUGUUAAGGCAACCACUGUUGCUGUGGUUUAAAAACGAUCAUAUAAAGUGACAAAGUGCCUGCUCAAGAUAAUUAAUUAUAACGUGCGAGUGUGGUAGGGACAAAAAAAUGUCAGUGUCAAAAGUGCAAACUGAUAAUAAAUAAAGUGCUUAGUGAAUAAAUCUCGAGGGUCUAAAUAAAUAUACAUAGAUACACAAAACAUAUAACUAGAAAGACACUUAUCUGUAGUAACUAUAGCCAUAUAUACACAGCACCCAUAAUGGGUUUGGCGCUCUAAAAUGAGCAAGGCUGCUAAAGUACUUGGUGCAGACUUUAUGAAUUCAACUGGUAAAUCAACUUACCUUAAGACAAACAUAUUAUACAGUAUAGGAAUUGUUUUAAAGCAACUCCUUAUAAGUCUGCUCAAUAUGUGACUUAUUCAUUAUGUACCAGCAAUUAUGGCAUAGUAUAACUGAUAAGUGUCUUACAUCACUAUCACAUGUAACUUAAUACGAAAACAUAUAUUCAACACAUUGCUACAAAUACCUAACAAAUAUUAUAAAAAAUAUAUUGUUAAAAAAUUAAUUUUCAAACUGGAGUUAAGACUCAUAUAAACAAAUGAAAUCAGUUUCAUUGAGUCCCUUUGGAGACACAGUGUCUAGUUCAGAAAUCCAGAAUGUUUCACAGUUGAGCAAUGUUUUCCCAUGGUAACCCGCUCUGCGAGAUAGGGGCACAUGAUCUAUGCCCAAGAAUUUCAGGGAAGCCAAUGAAUGCUUAUACUGCAAAAAGUGCUUAGCUACCGGUUUAUCCGACAGAUCAUCUCUAUAGGCCAACCUAAUGCUAGAGCGAUGGCCCCUAAUCCUUUCACACAGGGCGGUUUCUGUUUUUCCAAUAUAAACAGUCCACAUGGGCAUGUAAGUUUAUAAAUGAUAUGUGUGGUUUUACAUGUAAUAGUAUAUUGUAUGAUAUACUUCUUAGUCGUAUGCGGGUGAGUAAAACUUUUAGAGGGUGUCAUAUGCCCACACGUCACACAUCCCAGACAGCGUACUGACCCCCUAUUUUGAGUAUUAGUUUCCUUGGCAUAGCUUCUGAGUGGGUCUGUGUGUACCAGUAAGUCCUUCAAGUUUUUAUUUCUCUUGUGACAUAUUAGUGGCUUUUCAUGGAACACUUUUGGGAGCGUGUCGUCCGUGGCCAAUAUUCUCCCAUUUUUACGGAUAGCUGAAGAGAUCUGGGGACUUGAGUCAAAUCUUUCCAAAACUUUGCUAAGGGUUUGGUUGUGAUAUCCAUGAUUCAAAAAUUUGUUAGUCAUUUCCCUUAUCUGCAUUUCUUUUACUGUAUCAUUAGAGUUAUUCCUCAUUACUCUGAGAUACUGUGCUUUAGGUAAGGACCUCUUCAAAGCUUUCGGAUGCGCACUUUGUGCAUGGAGUAAGGUGUUACGAUCCGUAUCUUUGGUGUAAAGACAAUAUUCAAUGUUGUUUGCCCCAUAGAUAAUUCAACAUCCAAAUAUUGAACCUUGAUAGGACUGAUAUUCACUGUCAGUCUUAUCUGUGUUGGCAGUAAAUUCAGUUGCCCAACCAUAUUGCGUGCCUCAAUUAGUGUGCCAUUCCAGAUAACCAACAGAUCGUCAAUGAAACGAUAAUAUCCUUGUAUCAAAUGAGCAUAUGUUGACAAGAUGUUGUUUUGCUCAUAGACCUACAUGUACGCGUACAUGUACAUGUACUCUUGGAUACCUGGAUAACCAAGCCCUGGCUUAGCACCCGGCACACAAUGCAUAUUAUAGCUUGAGUGCAAGAACUUCUCCCUUUUUUUUUUCUUUCUCUCUCUCUCACACACAUACAUAUCUCUCUCAAUAAUCCGUAUCGCCUCUAAAAAUUUUUUUUUUUAAAUUAAAUGGUUGAUCCCUAUUUUACAUUAUCCUACUAAAGAGAUAGGAGAGUCUAUGCACCAAAACCACUACAUUAAAAUGUAGUGAAAUCGGUGCUUACAGUGCCUUUUUACAGUCAAAUGUCCAGAUAAGUGUAGAGGGUUAGAAAAUGCACCAAACAAUUAAUAAAUUCACAACAAAUGGUAAAUUAAAAUAAAUGCAAAAAAAAAAAAAAUACACAGGUUAAAAAUGAUAUUUUUUAUAGUGGCAUAGUUGUAGCUGAUCAGUUCUGGAUGCAGUAGAUAUGAUCUUUGAGCAAGAAGCAGAUUAAGAAUCCAUCUGGGGAAAUACAUGUAUCAGAUGGAAUUGUGUGCUGCCUGCCUGACUCUGCAUCAUAUUGGUUUGUUUGAAUUAUACAGUGAAAUUGUUCCUCCACGGUCAAUGGCACCAGCCAGUGAAGAUGUUACCCAAAGGAGCUGGGACAUUCAGACAUUGCAAGGAAGCUGGAAGAAAGGCAAGAAUGCUGGUGGGAGCAGGAACUUUCCAUCUUACCACCUUAACCCAUCUUUGCCUUUCUCUGUGCCCAAAGAAUGCCAGUUAGUAAAAGUGACUCUGCUCCAGCAGUGUCAGGAGGACAAAUGCCACGCAAUCGGGUUCCAUGUAUACUCGGUGAGUUACUGCUUGGAAAUUAGAAAAUCUAAUUGUGCACUACAAAUUAUAUAAUAUAUAUAUUAUAAUUCCAGUGGUGUAGGAGGAUAUAGACUAAACCUUUUUAGCAAGUUUCAUUAAUUGCUUUGCAUCUCAACUUAGGAAUGUAUUAGACUUGUCAAAUUAGCAAAACCUUUAUUGCUAAGGACAUUUGGAAUUCACAAAACUGCUUGAGUAGUUUGAAAUGUUAAUGGAAAAUGUAUUUAUGCAUGUUUGUAACUGUCAUUUAUUUAUAUCCUUUUUAGUUGGCACUGGAUGAACUUAAAGUCUUAUUGCAAUAAUUUACUGUUUUAAACAAUAUAUUUCCCUUCUUCCUACAAUUUCUUUAUCCUUCAUCUAUCAGGUCUCUAGAGAUAAACAGAAGUCUCCUCUUUCUGGAGAGCCUAGUGCUAGCUGUGUACCUCACAGCCACUCUCAGGAAGUGUCCCAGGUCUGCGUGCUUUCCCCUGGCAAAUAUCUACUUGUGCCUUCCACUUACCUACCUGAGCAGGAGUGUGGUUUCACUGUAACCAUAGCUACUAAAGUUGACCGGUAACUCUGCAUUGUCUCCCAUAACUGAUAGAACUACAUUUAAUUUUUUUCUGUGCAGCAUAACAAACUAUGCUUUGUAUUUCUUCUCAGGAAACCAAUUGAGAGCCAGGAAACCUUGGGACGAUUCCUGCAAGAGGUAAAAAAAGAGAUUUCAAUUAUUUUUUUUUUUGUGUGUGUGCUAGUUUUUAUUUUGCAUUUAAAGUUUGAGUUUUCUUUCUUGACUGUUAAUAUCGAUUUAAAUGUACAAGUUGUAUUGUGGGGAUUACGGCAUUGAUGUCUAAAUAGUACAUGCGAUACUAUUGCCGUGUAUUGCACAAUGAGAUGUUGACUUUCCAUACCUGUAUCCUCAAGCUGUCGCUAGUUGUCAUACUGCACUAAUGUAUCUCUGGCAUUGUCUACACUGCCAGCUUGCUAUACUGGAGACUUAAAGCCAACUGCAGCCUCGAGAUACUUUGAUGUAUUUUGCUUCUCUGACUUAAUCUUGUACAAUGUUAUUUACCUUGUAUUGUGACAGAUAACAGUCUUUAAUAAAAAUUUUUAAAAAGUGUGGGUACAAUAUGAAAAGUACAGCACACUCCAGUCCAAACAAGCCUUUAAUAAUUUAAAGUUUAUGAAAGCAACUUUCUUAAGUCUAAUUAUGAGAUUUCUUUUUCAAUGUGUUUUUUUUGUGAGAAAUCUAUAUACACACACUAGUGACUUCUGCGUUACCCAACCUUAAAAAAACAAAAAAACAAAAAACAAAGGCAAGGCUGCUUUAUCGGUGUUCAUUUCAGUAAAGACCUGUUGUAUUUUUGGUUGUUUUUCAAAAAAACGAUUACUUUAAAAAGUUAUACGGAAAAGUAAUGACUAAUGUUCGUUACAUAUACCUGCAGGUUGACACAGGAUGGAGCUUUAGUUAUCCUUUAUCCAUUUUGUCAUUGGCAGGUAGCCCAAAUAGACACAUACAACCUCAUAAAGCUGUCCCCGCACCCAUACAUAACACAAACUGAAUUCCCUAACAUACAUGGCCGCCACCCUUGGGAACUUUUUACUUUGGAACAGCACUCUCAAAAGACUGUCUACCCCUUUUCUUAGUCAGCUAUGUGUGGGGGCUGUAGAAAAGAGACAGAUGAUGUUCUUGAGCAGGUACAUAUGUUAAUCUAGACAUCUCCUGGUGAUUACACUGUAUUAGUGUGACUGCUUUAUUCUUUAGACCAUAGAGGGAGCUCAGGUCCUAAAUUUGAAUAAAAAGCUGCUACGUGAUGGGGAAAGGACCAUUUAACUAGCCCUCACUCUGAGAAUUGCAGUGGUACAUUGAAAUAAAAAUUCAUGUAGUACAGGGAUAGGCAACCUUUGGCUCUCCAGAGGUUGUGGGCUACAUCCCCCAUAAUGCUCUUACACCCAUACUGCUGCAAAGCAUCAUGGGAGCUGUAGUCCUAAACAUCUGAAGUGCCAAAGACUGCCAAUGCCUGUUAUAGGAUGUAGUUUACACUCGGGUAAUAUCUCUUCAUUGUAAGGCUCACACCCCACACGCAUAUUUCACCACAUAUAUUAAGAGCGGUGGUGUCUGCAUCCUCAAAUUACUGAACACUAGCUAAAAUAUUAAUCAUUGCAAAAUAUUUGUAUUUACUAAAGUGCCAACAUAUUCGGUAGCACUGUACAAUAGGUAAACAAGACAAGCAAUUAUUCUAAACAAAACAUGUUUGACAUACGGGAACAGUAGUUGAAGAUGAUCCUGUCCAAACAAGCUUACAAUCUAAAUGGAUAAUGUUCAAAUACACAGAAAGAAAUGAGGGUGUCAAAUGAUCUGUAUAUCCCUGAAAGAAUGGAAGGAAGGAGCAUAGUAGCCAGAACUUCAUUGAGCAUAACAGGAGUUGUAGUCCAGCAGGACAUGCUGCCACUGUUGGCUCUGAGCUACCGCUGGGUGUGUGACAGAUACAGGUUAAAACUGUGUAGCCUGUUUACUGUCUCUGGGGUUAGCAUGCUUUAUGUGAUGACACCAGGCACAAAAAGUUGCACAAUACUGAUAUUGAUCGACAUGAAGAGAGUUUUCCAGCCGGCUGAUUGACAGCCUUGCAAAAAGAUUAGGGAAAAAAAAAAAAAAGGUUUACAUCUACAUAGUGAAACCAAAGAAAAAGCUGCAAGGACAUCUUUUUAAUUACUCAUAUAGUGCAGUAGUUUUUAGGGGGUGGGAACUUGCAUUCUAGCCAAAUCCUUCGUUUACACUUGUAUAACACCAUCAGGACAUCUGAUAAUACAAAUCAUGUAACUAUUUUCCUCUCUUAGGUCUGUGUUAUAACUGUGAUGAAGUAACAAGAAGCGGAUAUCAGACACAUUCCAUGCCACCAGUGCUGCUACGUAUACGUGCAGAAUUACAGAGUCUGUGUUGGUUAUGUCAUUUAUAUCUGAUAUCUGUAUUUCUGGAACUGGUUCUGUCUGGUGCUCUAAAAUAAAGGAAAAUUCACUAUUUUUGUAAA